ACAGUCUCACCACAAAACCCACCGUAUAAAUCUCACCAUCUCUUCAUCUUCUCUCAAUUCCCCUCUAUUUAUUCCUUCCUUCACACGUUUCACAUUCCCACCUCUCUCUCUCACUCUUCUCAUUCUCUCUCUCACACACACACAGCACACACAUACUUUCUCUCUCUAGGUGUCGGUGAUGGGAGCAACAAUUUUGCCAGAUCUCGGAACGGAAAUUCUGAUUCCGGUGUGUGCGCUCAUCGGAAUCGGUUUUGCGCUCGUGCAAUGGGUAAUUGUGUCGAAAGUUAUAGUUUCGACGGAUAAAUUAUCGUCGUCUUCCGGUGACGGUAAGAAUGGAUCAUAUGCUGAAGCGUUAAUUGAAGAAGAAGAAGGUAUUAAUGAUCAUAGCGUUGUGAAUAAGUGUGCUGAAAUUCAAAAUGCCAUCUCUGAAGGUGCAACCUCAUUCCUCUUUACGGAAUACCAGUAUGUUGGUGUUUUCAUGGUUGCUUUUGCAAUUCUGAUCUUCCUAUUCCUCGGCUCUGUUGAGGGUUUCAGCACAAAGAGCCAGGCUUGUACAUAUGACAGCUCCAAAAUGUGCAAGCCUGCUCUUGCCACUGCUGUUUUCAGCACCAUAUCCUUCUUGCUUGGUGGUGUAACUUCUGUGGUUUCUGGGUUUCUUGGAAUGAAGAUUGCAACAUAUGCAAAUGCAAGGACUACCUUGGAGGCUAGAAAGGGUGUUGGUAAGGCUUUUAUCGUUGCAUUCAGAUCUGGUGCUGUGAUGGGCUUCCUUCUUGCUGCAAAUGGUCUUCUGGUUUUGUUCAUUGCCAUCAACCUAUUCAAGUUAUAUUACGGUGAUGAUUGGGAAGGACUAUUUGAGGCAAUAACUGGUUAUGGGCUUGGUGGAUCAUCGAUGGCCCUUUUUGGUAGAGUUGGUGGAGGUAUAUACACUAAAGCGGCAGAUGUUGGAGCUGAUCUUGUGGGCAAGGUGGAGAGAAACAUCCCUGAAGAUGAUCCUAGAAAUCCAGCGGUUAUUGCUGACAAUGUCGGUGACAAUGUUGGAGAUAUUGCUGGGAUGGGAUCGGAUCUAUUUGGAUCUUAUGCAGAGUCAUCGUGUGCUGCCCUUGUUGUUGCUUCUAUCUCCUCUUUUGGCGUCAACCAUGAGUUGACUGCCAUGCUAUAUCCUCUUCUUGUCAGUUCCGUGGGCAUCCUUGUGUGUUUGCUUACCACCUUAUUUGCAACUGAUUUCUUUGAAGUCAAGGCUGUAAAAGAAAUUGAGCCAGCAUUGAAGAAGCAACUUGUCAUCUCAACUGUUCUUAUGACAUUUGGAAUUGCUCUUGUUUCUUGGAUUGCCCUUCCAUCUACCUUCACAAUAUUCAAUUUUGGAAUUCAGAAAGAAGUUCAGAGCUGGCAGUUGUUCUUAUGCGUUGGAGUUGGUCUGUGGGCUGGACUUAUUAUUGGGUUCGUCACCGAGUACUACACCAGCAAUGCUUACAGCCCUGUGCAAGAUGUUGCUGAUUCCUGUCGCACUGGUGCUGCCACAAAUGUUAUUUUUGGUCUUGCAUUGGGCUACAAAUCAGUGAUCAUUCCAAUUUUUGCCAUAGCAGUCAGUAUCUUUGUUAGCUUCAGUUUUGCUGCAAUGUAUGGCAUUGCAGUCGCUGCUCUUGGAAUGCUGAGCACCAUAGCUACUGGUUUGGCAAUUGAUGCCUAUGGUCCCAUCAGUGACAAUGCAGGAGGAAUUGCUGAGAUGGCUGGGAUGAGCCACAGAAUCAGAGAGAGAACGGAUGCCCUUGAUGCUGCAGGUAACACCACUGCCGCUAUUGGAAAGGGAUUCGCCAUUGGAUCUGCUGCUCUUGUGUCUCUAGCACUCUUUGGUGCAUUUGUGAGCCGGGCAGGAAUUUCCACAGUAGAUGUCUUGACACCGAAAGUAUUCAUUGGCUUACUUGUUGGCGCAAUGCUUCCUUAUUGGUUCUCUGCCAUGACAAUGAAGAGCGUGGGAAGUGCUGCCCUUAAGAUGGUUGAGGAAGUGCGCAGGCAAUUCAACACCAUCCCCGGUCUCAUGGAAGGAACCGCAAAGCCCGAUUAUGCCACCUGUGUCAAGAUCUCCACGGAUGCAUCAAUCAAGGAAAUGAUCCCACCUGGUGCUCUUGUCAUGCUUACACCAUUGAUUGUAGGCAUAUUAUUUGGCGUCGAAACCCUGUCUGGUGUGCUUGCAGGAUCUCUCGUCUCUGGCGUACAGAUUGCCAUUUCUGCAUCAAACACCGGUGGAGCCUGGGAUAACGCCAAGAAGUACAUCGAGGCUGGAGCUUCAGAACAUGCGAGAACUCUUGGCCCCAAGGGAUCUGAUCCACACAAGGCUGCUGUCAUUGGUGACACUGUUGGUGACCCUCUCAAGGACACAUCUGGACCAUCAUUGAACAUUCUCAUCAAGCUGAUGGCUGUCGAAUCACUCGUGUUUGCUCCCUUUUUCGCAACCCAUGGUGGUCUUCUCUUCAAGAUCUUUUAAGAUAAAAAGGAAUGAAUUAUAAUUGGAACAUGCCGAUAGUAGUCCCUCUCAAAGAUCUAUAUCUCUCCUCCUUUUACCCUUCUUCUUACUUUAUUUCAAUCAUUUUUUGGUGUUGAUGGUCACUAGAAUGUAGGUAAGUGGAGGAGAACUGAUGAUAAUGGCGAAAUGUCUUGCAGAGUUGAGAACAUCAACAUUGUUUUCCCUAGAGUAAAUGAUUCUAUAUACUAAAGAGAACUAUUGAAAAUUUUGUUAGCUUUUCA